UCCCAAAACAUUUACUAUUCAAUGCUAAUAAAAGAAACACUUUGAAAGAGGAAGAGCUAAUUUUGAAUGCUUUCACUUUCCUUCCAAAUUAUCCAAGUGAUAAUCACAAACACUUUAAAUAUUAUAGUUAAACUAGUUUGUGUAAGCUUGCAUUAAGCCAGAUUUAUUUGGAAAUUUAAAAAGUAGUAAAUUUGUAUUUUGUAACUUUUUCUGCUUUAAUUCCUGAGAUAGCUUAAGAAUGCAAAUUGCAGUGUGAAAUGGAAGACAUUAUGUUACAGUUAAACUGUGUAAAGGAUAUAUAAACUAGUGACAAAAACUACCAUCUUUUUUGUAUCCAGGAGCGGAAGAAGGCGUUGCAGGCGGUGGCAAAUAUUUUGCAUGACAAUAAAUUGAUAUCAAACAACUUGGGCAAUGAAACAAGAAACCACAUUACAUUACCAGCUGUAGAAAAGUUUGUCCUGACACAAACGAGAUCGUAGACCAGUAGCAGGAGAAUGUUUAUGUCUGGGCUAGCAUUCAAAUUUAUGAUUUUGAGUUCAGUUUCUCUAUCUGUGACAUCAUUAUCAGUUAUUACCAUGAAGAGAGUUUAGUAUAAAUUGGCAGCAUAAUAAUCUCGGAAAUGCAGUUAAAAUUCUGAUAAUGUAAGGAACUUUCACUGUGUCAAAGAUUGUAUUUAAAGACUUCUAAAGAAACUAUUGACCCAUUUCAGCCUGAGAUCCGUUCUGCUGCAACGGAUUGUGUCAAUGCUUGGGGUCAGCAGUGCGGAUUUAAGGAGUUCUUUCGUGGUAAUAUGAUUGAAUAUGCCCUUAAGAGAGGAAGCCCAACCCUGCGAAUAGAACUUUGGGCAUGGCUUACAGAAAUACUUGCCACAUUGCCACCCAGGUCUAUCCCCAAGAGAAAAUUGGUGACGUAUCUGCCACACUUGUAUGCAGAUUUGGAGUAUCGUAAUGCAAAUGUGAGGAAAAAUGCCGAGGAGGCUAUCGUUCCAUUUAUGAUACGCUUGGGACAUGAGACAAUGGCCGAAGCCUCAGAGGAAUUGAAAACUGGCUCUCGCGAUGUUGUAAUCGCAGCCCUUGACAACGCAGGAGCGUCUGCUGGUGUUGUUGAUGAUGAUACAUCACCUCUUCUUCAGAGCAACGACUUAAAAGACCAGCGCGUAAUUGAUGAGCAAAACCAGAAGGUUCCAAAGUGGGACUUCACAUACCUAAGAGAAGAAUUUGUGAAUUUACUGAAAGCUCAAAUGACAGAUGCAAAUCAGACACUAUUGGCAAAUAUGUUUGAUUCAGACUUUCAAUCGCAUCUUAAAGCAACUGACGUACUAAGUGAGGACUUGGACAGUAACAGAAAUGGAACAGUUGCCAAUUUGGAUCUCAUAUUGAAAUGGUUCUCGCUGCGAUUCUUUAACACAAAGACGUCAGUUUUGUUAGAAGGACUGACAUAUUUGCGGGCUGUUUUUACCGAAUUGAUUCCACGAGAAUAUGUGUUGUCUGAUUAUGAGGCAUCAUGCUUCGUUCCGUAUCUGAUUCCGAAGAUUGGAGAUCGUACGGAUACUGUCCGAGAACUGCUCAGCCUUAUCAAACUGGUGUAUCCAGCUGAAAUUUUUUUUGCAAUUAUGAUGAAAAGUUUGAAGUCAAGCCAAAAUGCAACAGCGCGCGCUGUGCCACCCAGGUCUAUCCACAAGAGAAAAUUGGUGACGUAUCUGCCACACUUGUAUGCAGAUUUGGAGGAUCGUAAUGCAAAUGUGAGGAGGACAUUGUAUUCACUAUGAGGAGUCAGAAGCAUGUUCAGGUACAUCAGAUGAGCACUUUUGAUGUGAGGGACCCAAGCACUUGUAAUGUCUCCUCUGGGAGUUCCCACACAGUGUUUUGAGGUCAGCAGUCGAAGUUUGGCGAGCUAUUUCCUUCAGGGCAGCACUGAGAUCAGGUUUGCAAACUUUCACUCCAUAGUUUUCAAUAAGUGAUCCAAGAUGCUGAAGACAUCCUGAAGAAUGAAAAAUUCCAAUCAUUAGUGUCACCAAGAUACAAAAUGUUCCAUUACAAAAUUAUUUCACACAAAGCUCAAAUCAAAUCCCACAGAACAAUGAAAUGUCACAAAUUAGAAGCUACAAUUCAAGAAUAUACAGCAACUGAAACCCAAAUCCUAACAAAACAAUUCUAACACGAGAGAAAGAAGUUACAAUUCAAUUAAUCCCUCCUUAUUGUGUUAAAUCAGAUAAUGAAAUAACUAAUUUAACAAUAAAGAGACAAAAAUAUCUUACAUAAGGUCAGAAAAAAA